AUGGCACCACUCAAUAAACUGCAAGAGAAGUACGACUACAUCUGUAUCGGAGGCGGUAGUGGAGGAGUCGCAUCGUCGCGGCGCGCUGCCUCCUACGGCAAGAAAGUUGCCCUCAUCGAAUCGUCGCCUAACCUCGGCGGUACUUGCGUGAACGUUGGCUGCGUUCCCAAGAAAAUAAUGUGGCAUGCGGCCGACCUCGCAGACCGUCUUCGCCAUGCAAGCAAAGGCUAUCAUUUCGAAAAUGUCCCACCACCCCAGUUUAACUGGGCAUCGUUCAAGCCGCAGCGUGAUGCCUACAUCCGCCGACUGAAUGGCAUAUAUGAGAAAAACCUCGAGAAGGAGAAGGUAGACUAUUACGGUGGCACUGCCCGUCUAGUCUCGCCCACCGAGGUUCAGAUCACGCCCUCUGACGGCGGUGAGCCAUACGUCAUCGCAAGUGACUACAUCACCGUUGCUACUGGAGGUCGCCCGACCAUACCAAGCGAAGAGCAGAUCCCCGGCGCAAGUCUUGGAAUCGAUUCGGAUGGCUUCUUCGACCUUGAGGACCAGCCGAAGCGCGUGGCUGUCGUUGGCGCAGGGUACAUUGCCGUAGAGCUUGCCGGUGUGCUCAAUACACUGGGCAGUGAGACACAUAUUCUCAUCAGGCGGGAACGCGUUCUCCGUACCUUUGAUCCCAUCCUCCAGGAUACACUUACACCUUGGAUGGAGCACACUGGAAUCAAAGUCCACAAGAAUACAUCUGUCGUCAAGGUUGAAGGCCAGAAAGGCGGUGAAUUAACUGUGCACCUCAAUGAUGGCACACAACUCAAGGUAGACUGCGUGCUUUGGGCUAUCGGACGGCACGCAAACACUGAGGGUCUGGGGCUCGAGGAGCUAGGCAUCCAGCUCGACAAGAAGGGAGACAUCGUUGUUGAUGAGUGGCAGAAGGCUCUCUUUGUAGAGGGCAAGCCUCAACUGGAGAACAUCUUCGCGAUCGGUGAUAUUCAGGGUAAAGCUCUCUUGACGCCUGUUGCUAUUGCGGCAGGUCGGCGACUAUCAAACAGGCUGUUUGGGCCUGAGAAAUUCAAGAACGACAAAUUGUCGUAUGAGGACAUCCCAACAGUCGUUUUCUCUCACCCCACUAUUGGCACGGUGGGCCUAACAGAGCCCGAAGCCCGCCAGAAGUAUGGCGCUGCCGUUAAGAUCUACAAGUCCUCGUUCCGCUCGCUCUACUUCUCCCAGAUCGAUGAAGAGCACAAGGAGCCGACCGUGUACAAGCUUAUCGUUGUUGGCGAAGAAGAGCGCGUAGUCGGCGUGCAUAUCAUCGGACAGGGAAGCGACGAGGUAAUGCAAGGCUUUGCGGUGGCCGUCAAGAUGGGUGCCCGGAAACAGGACCUAGAUGAUACGGUUGCUAUCCAUCCGACAUCUGCUGAAGAAUUGGUUACUCUUCGUUAA